GAAGCUCUGGAACACCGAACACUAACGGCGGGAAAACAGAAAAUAUGAACCGUUUUGUCGGAUGUAUACUGAGGGAUGCUCAUAACGCCAUCGUUUACUACACACGAACACAAAGUCGCACCUGCUGUAGUGUUUGAACCACUUACUUUGGUGGACGCAGAGGUCAUUUUCUUCCUCUUUGUGGAACCAUGGAGCUCAGACUGCGGUGUAAUGCACUGACGCGUUAGCUGCUAGCCCGCUAACACGCUAACUAGAAAGCAUUUCCGUCUUCCCUAUGGACCAUUGAAAGCUCCAGGGCGCGUUGCACGCAUGCAUUCAAAGCUCACGUUGUUACGCUGCAGCAGGAAAGUCUCAAAGAGGGGGAAACAACAGCAUUUUUGCAUAGGAUGAAGUGUGACGCCUACAACAACACAACACACCAGCACCGACUGUGCUGCGUUCAGGUCCCCUCGUAAAUUCUUACUUCAUUCUAUUCGUUAUCUCGGUCAUUUUACGACCAAGUUUACCUAGACUUAGGAAAAUGACUAUCCGUAUCAUGUAUGAUCUAAAAUUCCACCGUCAUUUGUUAUAUAAAUAAAAAUGCGGCGACCUUAACAAUGUUACAGUCGUAGGGUGAUUAAGUUCAAUGACAUGGUUUUACACCAUAUGACAUCGUGACUGACAACUAUUCACUGCAGUAAUUGGUAAACCACAUUAAAAUAAUCCUCUCUAAAAGUGAUCUGAAAGUGGCAGUAAAACCCAGCACUAUAGGGACAUCUAGUGGUCUAGUUUCUAAAUCGAACAACAAGUUAUUCCCAACCAAAGGAAAUGCGAGAGCGGCCUUAAAUGUCUGAACCGUGAUGAUUUCUGACAUAGAGAGUAUCGCAUCUGUUUAUUCUGAACAUGCGCCAAAAUAAUAACCUGUCCAGAUGCUUUACUGUUGUUGGAAGUACAAAAACGGUCCUUAAAUCACAAAUGAUUCCAGAUAGAAUAUGUGACGUGUAUUCGAUACCAAGCUCUUUAAGUGUGAGGUGGUAGAAUGGAAUUGUGUCAAUCAAAGUAAACACUUUCUUGUAGUGCUUUUUAAAUCCUCAGCGCAUUUUCAACGAUGCGACUUCUGUAAGCGUCAGGUGCGCCGUUCAAGUCACGUGACGUAACUGCCGUCACUUUCUGUAUGUAUCGACGGCGGCGGCUGAGUCGGUCAGUUCAGGUUUUGCUCUAAAAUGCGUGGAUUAAUCUGUGGAAGCAAGCUGUCGGCGUGUGGGGCCGUGCUGAGCAUCUGGGGCACUAUCAUGUUGGCCAUCCUGGGGAUUUUCUUCACCACUCACUCGGCCGUGCUCAUAACCGACGUUCCCUUCUCACAAGCCGACAUUCAUGAGGAUCCCAACCCCCCUCACCGGGUCUACAUGGCCUACAACACCGUGGGCUACAACUGUUUCAUUGCAGCUGGAAUCUACUUGGUGAUUGGGCUCUUCUCCUGCUGCCAGAUGAGGCUCAACAAGGGGAAGAAUUUCCUGGUGAUGCGACAGUGAUGGCACCAGCUUCACCUCAACCUUUCAAUAAAUAAUAAAGCAAACUCAAACAAAAGGGUGUGUGUGUGUGUGAGAUUUUGCUGCUGUUUGUGACUUGGGACACCCCAUUCUAUUCUGU